AUGACAGAUCAAGAGUAUGUUCUUUGCAUGUGGAAGAAGCGUUUAUGGCCAGCCAAGGUUUUGUGCAAAACUGGAGUUGCUAGGGAAACAUCUGUUACUAAUGCCAAGGAUACUUCUUUGAAAGUUGAAAUACUUGGCUUGAAAAAACAGAUUAGCGUGAACUGUGCGGAUGCUGUACCACUGAAGGAAGAGUGUAUAGAAAACAUUGUCUCUAACUUAGAUCAAAGGAGUAAUUCGAGUGAGGCUGUGGAAGAACUGAAAUACCGCCGUUCUCUUAAAAUUGCCCUGGAUAUUUUUCAUCAAAAUGCCUCACCCAGACAAGUACCACCUUCAGAAGGACCAAGUACUCGGUUAUCCCAGGAGAACAACACAGGAUCUCUCUCCUCUACCCCCUUACGUAGGGGACGAUCGCUCUUUCACUCUAAAGAAAAGUCAGAGCCUGAGAUUUCCAAGAGGAAGAGAGACCAAAAAAAUAACCCCAGCCUGAAGACGGAGACAAAAAACCAAACCCAGAAAGUUUCUUUGAUUUUGGAGGAGAGCACUAGAGCAUGUGAAAGUGGAAUGAACCUUUCCAAAUGUGGUACUGGGGACCUGUGCGAUACAUCAAACUCACGUAGUCAAAACUGCAAAAUACCAGAAUCAAAAACACUAGUAAGACCGAAAAAAAUCAAGCCCAGAUUGUUGACAGAGUCCAAAACAGGAAAUAAAGUCUCCCUUAAGCCGAAGGAGGAAAAAAGUAAGCAAGGAGGAAGAAAAUCCAGAGGUGCAGGAUCACCUGUCUGGUGUGGGAAUGGUGUCCCCAAGGAUGAAGCACAGCCGCUUGCUGAGGAGGGGUCUCGCUCUGUCCCCUGCAAGCCUGACACAGUGGUACCUGUCAGAAGGGCUAACGCCAGGGGUCAACCGAAAAGAAUGUUGCUGGAUUCCUCCUGUAAAAGUGCCUCUGAUGAUUUGGAAAAAGGCAUCAGUAGUGAGAGCGAAAGUCUAGUGAAGCAAUUGGAUAGCAGAAAAAAGCCAGUGGGUUCAAAACAGAUUACUGGAGAGCAAGAGACUGGUGCAACUGUGUCCUUGCACAGAAAAAGGAAAUGCAGGAAUUGCCCUGGAUCUUCAUCUGGGCCGUCUAAAAAGGACACGCUUCCGGAUAGCUUCCCCUCUCAGCGUAAAGAGGAGGAAGAUAAGAAUACUUCAUGCAUGGUUAUGAAUAAAGUAAAGCAGUUUCAGCUGUCUGACUUUGAAGAAGAUGAAGGACUGGAAUCAUCUGACAUGUCUUCAAAGAUAGUUUCCUCAGAAAGUUUCUCUCGCCUCUCAGCUCUGGUAGAUGAAGAGGAUGAGGAUGAAGAACUUCCUAGUAUUUUAUCACAUCAAGAACCACAAUCAAUUGAAGAAGGGAUUUUGGUCUGGUGCAAAUUCCGAAGGUACCCUUAUUGGCCAGCAGUGGUUAAAAAUGUGAAGCGGAAAUACAAAAAGGCUUGUGUGCUGUUCAUAGAAGGGAAUAUAGAUGACAAGAAAAAAGGUUUCUCAGUAUCUCUUAGGAAUCUGAAGCACUUUGAUUGUGAAGAAAAGCAGGACCUCAUAGAACGAGCCAAAGAAGAUUAUCGCCAAGAAAUUGAGUGGUGUAUUCGAUUGAUUUCUGACUAUCGAAUUAGAGUAGGUUGCCAUUCUUUUACGGGAUCCUUCUUGGAAUAUUUUGCUGCCGAUAUCAGCUACCCAGUUAGGAAGGAAGCCUAUCAAGGUUUAGUCCAAAUGACCUUUCCAAAUGUGGCACAGAAAGAUAUUGAAGAAUCUUCAUCAGAAACUUCCCUUCAGAAGCCCUCCAAGAAACUUCUUCCUGACAGAAUGAGAGCCGCUAGAGAUAAUGCAAAUAAAAAGAUAGUGGAGUUUAUAGUGAAGACUAAGGGGGCCGAAGAGCAUCUUUUGGCUAUUUUGAAAAGCAGAAAAUCCCGGUGGCUGAAGAAAUUCCUGAAUUCAAGUCAGUACGUGACCUGCAUUGAAACGUAUUUAGAGGAUGAGGAACAACUAGACCUUGUAGUGAACUACUUGAAGGAAGUAUAUCGUGAGAUAGACACUAAAAAUCUGCAUCAAGUAAACAGAGAUGGAGUAAAAUUUAUUUCAGAUGUCCUUUUGCCUGAAGCCAUCAUUUAUGCGAUUGCUGCUGUGGAUGACAUAGAUUACAAGAAGGCAGAAGAGAAGUACAUAAAAGGACCAUCUGUGAGCAAAAGGGAGAGAGAAAUAUUUGAAGAAGAAAUUCUAGAAAGGAAGAAACGCAAGACCAAACUAGCAUCUCCAGACAGCAUCUGA